UCACCGCAUGGUAUAGAAUACACAGCAUGAGUUUUCUGAUUUGUUUUAACAGGAUCUUUUGGCUUUGCGAAAAUAUGGCCUAAAGUCAAAUAGGUUAAGGCAACCUUAAUAUUACAAUUACUUAAGAUUCUCUUAAUUGGCUCUGUGACACCUUGAAUGUAUGGAACUAUUGCAUAACCUUAACAGAAGUAUCACCCUCGGAUUGCAAUGAACGAUUAACAAACUAAAAGUGAUAUUUUUAGGCGAUUUCUUAUUUGUAAGAAUAUUCUUAAAAAAUUACCAUGGCCAUGUUACCAUGACAACUACUUUAGAUACUUCAUGUUCGGAAAAUACAAUGGUUUUGUCAGCAAGGCGAGGGUUUCUGCAUGCAUGUAUUUUCUAGUAUAUGUGGUACUCUGCAUCACGCAUCGAGUUCGAACCAUUGUCGAUGGACAAUUUCAUCCCUGGAACCCCAAUGUCAUUAAAAAUACUUCAAUUGUUCUCCAAAAAUGCUUUUUAAUGGCGAAAUUACAAACGUAACUGUCACCAAGUUUUCACAAUAUUGAAACCAUGAGAAUUGUCGUAAAUAUUAGUCUCAACAAUCCUCUGUACAUGAGUCUGCCACUUGACGAGUUUCUCAAUCAAUUCAUCUUCCAGCCAAUUGAAAACGUGCGUUGUCUGAAAAAUUUGUGAAUAGCAUAUCCGCAGUGCCUUUUUCGGCCCCCUCCCUUUCGCGUUCGCUUGUUCUCCCGUGGGAAAGCUGCUCGACAUUUAGCCUCAUUUAUGUGAUUCCCACAGGUCAUGCAAUGAUCAGUUGAUCAGCGGGAUCGAUCCGCAGCCGCGGCAAAUGAGUCAAGUAAAGUUUUUCUCUGAUCUUUUGGUAUGGAUUGUCAUUCAGACUAGCAACUAAUACCCUUUUGUGGCUUCAAUUUACAGAUGCUUUUGUCUCGGAAAAUAAAAAUAAAUCCAUCUUCCGUCCGUCCGUCUGUCUGUCUAUCUAAUUUUUCAUUAUUAUAAUUUCCUUAUCUGUCCGCAUGUUUCUUUGUUCAGUUCAAUGUGCUGCGACGUCGGACUCUGAAUUCAAAGAUUUUAACGAUGUUCUUUUGCUGACAGUGAACGACAUAGAGUUUAAUGAAGCGCAAAAAAUAUUAAAUAAUGUCGAAAUACAAAGCAAGAAAGACGAAGGUGACAAAAACUGUUGCUUUGGAGAAAUAGGUAGUAAUAAAGUGACGCUCUUGAAAGUUCCAUCCUUCGGCAAGACCGACACUUCGUCAAGCCAAACCGUUCUUCUUUAUGAAACAAUCCAACAACUUAAACCGAAAGCCAUUGUUUUUCUGGGAGUAUGCGAUGGUGUAAGGAAAGAAGCACAUUCUCUUGGUGAUGUCGUGGUGUCAUCACAAGUUUACUUCCUCGGGCAACAGGAUGACGGUUUGUCAAAUUUUGAUCGUACAACGUGUGACUCUAAUUUGGGAUUCGUGCGUUUGUUCGACCGUGGGAAAUUUGCGUGGUUUGGUCCUUGUGAAAAUGUGUUAGUUCCGAAAGUACAUGUUGGUCAGUUUACGACAGGUUUACAAGAUGGUGACGACAUAAAGAGGGAUUCACUCAAGGCGGGAACCAUUGGAGUAGACACGACGGCAAAACGUAGGUAUACUAAUGCGAGCGAUCGGAGUUAUUCCCUCGUAAAACAGGAAAAGUAAACGAAACCUUUUUGCUAAUGAUUGUGAAGUAAGAAUAAUUAAAUAGACAGGUUUUAAUGAAAAGACUACGACGGAACUAAUUGCAUAGCAUUUUGAGAACUUAUUCUCAACUAAUUAUUUAUAUUUAUUUAUUUUAUUUAAUCACAUUUACAGUAAACACGGACCCACGGUAGCUUAUAGAGGUGUGCAUCUGAUCGGAUUGGACGUUUAUAAUCCGACAAUUGCCUAAUGUUUAAAAUCCGAUCCGAUAUUGCCUAAUCCGAAUCCGAUCCGAGUUUUGAAAAAGAAUUCCAAUCCGAUACGAUCCGAAGAAUUCUUUAAUAAAAUAAAUGUCUCAUUCAAGUUGAAAUAUUUAACCAAAUAAAUAUAAAAGCAAGAAAUACAUGUCAAGAAGCUGACAAAGUGACGUCCAAUUGAAGUAUCAAACGAAUAAUGCAACGACAACCGCGAUAAUGCUUUGAUAAAUACAUGGAUAAUAAAUGUUUGCGAUAAUGCGUGGAUAAUUAAUUCAUUCUAUUUCGGAUAUCGAAGUCCGAUCCGACUACGUAACAACUUUAUCAAUCCGAUCCGAUCCGAAAUGAAUAUUUUGGUUCCGAAAUCCGAACGAAUCCGAUCGGAUCGGAUUCGGAUUGGUUUCGGAUCGGAUUUGCACACCUCUAGUAGCUUAUCAACCAGAAUCGAUUUACAUUGUUAUUGAAAAGAAAGAAAAAUAAAAAAAAAUGUUUUCAUAAGGGCGCGUGUUCUAAACAGUUAUAAAAAUAAUAAAAAUCUAAAGGCUCUUUUCCACUCAUCCCAAAAACCAACUCGCAAGCUCGCUGCGAGUACUUUCAUCCAAUCACAAUGCUCGAAAGUUUAUUCUAAUUAGAUGCAAUCACUCGCAGCGAGCUUAUGAGUUGGUUUUGCGAUGAGUAGAAAAGAGCCUUAAGGACAUGCAGGUAAAUUCUAUUUCUAACUUGGAAUAACUGCCGUUUCGCCAUUACAUAAGCAUGACCAAAACGGACACACGUGGAUAGUCAAGGCUUGUCAGAAACUUAACUUGCAGAAACAUUCUCUGAGUACAUUUGAGUUUGAGGCGAACGAACUUCUGUGACAUUUGCGAAAUUUGAAUACGCACUUCAACAUUCAUAAUAUUUUCUUGCAUGUGUCUUCACUGAGUUUAAUUUGAUAUUUUGUAAUUGGACUUGUGGAAUUUCCCCUCAUGCAAACAGAAUCAAUUUUAGUCCGUUUCUUAUAGGCGUUAAUGUCACCCUCGGGCUAACGCUCUCCUGUGCAACACACAAAAGCAUUCGAGUUCCGAUGUUUCUCAAAAAAGCGAACGAUAACGUCAAUUUUAUCGUUUCAAGGUGUAUAUGCAACUUGUCAGAACUCUGGAGUUCCCUGGCUGGCCUGUAAAUCUCUUGUAAAAUGGGAAAAUGAUGAAUUUCAAAAUUCGAGAUGGUGGCAAUUUGGUGCGGCAGUUUCAGCUUCUUACGUUCAACAUGUUCUCAAGAGAUUUUAUAUCCCAGACGAAAUUCAAGGUACGUACACGGUUACUCAAUAUAUGGAGGAUAAUAGACUACAAAACACCCUGAUUAAAAAUUUCCUUGUUAGUCUGAAAUUAAUAUUGUUUGGGGUAACUUAAUGUCCCUGUUUAAAUUUCCUGGUUACAAUAGCCACAUUGCUAGUUAAUUUGAUCACUAUCGUUUAGCCAGGAUUCCUGUUUCAUUUAACGAGGCUAUAUAUGGUUGAACUAACCAAAUUAUGUUAGGUCGAUUAUUAACUAGGAAUUCUUUGUUAAUAAUGGGCCUAACAUAACCUGGUUAAUUCAACCAUAUAUUAACCUGGUUAAGGUUACAGAACACCCUUUUUGGCGUUUUGUGGAAAAUUGCUACUGCGCGCUCAAAAUCAGUCCGAUUUUCAUCAAAUUUUCACCAAAUGUUAGCCAGUGCAUGCAAAAUAUGAUAAAGUUGUAAAAUUGACAAACAAUAAAAUAAUGUAAGAAUUAUUCAGGAAAAUAUUAAGUCGCGGUACCUCUACACUUUUGAGUUAUGUUACGUUCCUGCUGGUUUUAAGAUAUAUUUAUGAAAAUAUCAUUUUUAUACAGUAAAAUAGUUGUUCUAAAAAACUGUGUUCGGAAAUUUUUGUUUAUUUCGUCAUUCCGCUGAUAUGGCGAUUUCUUUGACGACUGCAAUAUAUUUCUGAAUCGUUUGUGUGAAUUGCUCCUUAUUAUUAAAAUAUCCAAAAUUAGAACAAAGCCGAACACCAUUUUGAAACUGACGUCUUUAGCUAUGUCCUGUGAAAAUUUGAGAAAAAUUCGUUAAAACCCGCAGGAGCACAACUCGUUUAAAAAUCAGUAAUUGCCGUAAAAUUCUUCGGGAGAAAAUUGAAUUUGAAUAUUACAUUUUCAAUGUUUUUCUUAUUGCAAGCGAAAUGUAUUUUAUUAAAUAACUCUGCGAGUUUUCAACAUUUUUCGUCCAAACUUGGUCAGAUAGUAGAACUAGUCUAAUGCUUUCAUGGAAACCAAUAAUUAAAACAAUUUUCGGCAAAAUUAACACUCGAAGGUGUUCUGUAACCUUAAUUCAACCAUAUAUAUUAACCUGGUUAAAUCAACUAGGGAUCCUGGUUAAAUUAGCCAGGAGUAUGAUCAAACUAACCGAGAAUAUGGUUAAGCUAUUAUAGUUGUGUUGGGGUAUAAUAUAAUUUAUAAUAUAGCAUUUGUAAAUUCUGAACGCUGAUUGGUUAAGAGCCGUGGUGAUAUAACUCAAUGUCAACACGGAAACGUCGGAAAAUUUCUUUCUUUAUGUUUCUUUGUGCUAUAUUAAGAAACAAAUUUAAAACUUUUUUCCGUAUUGAUAUACUGUACAGUUAUAUCAACACUCGUGGAAAUUGGAAAAACUCCAAUUGGGGAAACUCCACGCAAUUUCUCAUUUUCCCAAUUUCCACUCGUGUUGAUAUAACUGUAUAUCAACACGGAAAAUGUUUUAUAUUUGUUAAAUAUUAUACCUCAACUUCAAACUGUCCAAUAACAAACAGCUCUUGUGCCACAUGAAGUUCUGAAUUUUUACCCAAUUCUAUGAUUACGUAAUGCAGCGUUUGAUAGCAUUUGCUGGCCGAUAGGUCUAACAGUUGAAGGUUUAAUUUUUGUACAUGGAAAUUUCGAGCAAAAUAUUAUACACAAUUUCAGAUCUAAUCAGGAGCAGCUGCGAAAAAUACAACUAUUUGCCCUCUGGUAGGAAUCGAAACUGCGGAUCUGGAAAAGCCCUCCAACCAACUGAGCUACCGAGUCCAGUUAUCCAGCCUAUAACUCGGCUCUAUGUUAUAGUUGGUGAUCUACAUACCUCCGGGACGUAUGCCCCCCAAAAUACCAAAAACAAGCUAUUGCUUCACUGCUUUUUGCUCUUUCGCCCUUAGUCUACAGUGCGAAUUAAGACUACAAAUAACGGCUACAAUUUAAGUAUUUAACCGUAUAUUCCAUAUUUGACCACAGUGUUUGACAAGUCCGUGCCCAAGCCUUGCCUUCCUCCCAUGGUGCCCCAUUUCAUUGGUCGACAACAAGAAUGCGAAGAUAUCUUGCGUGUGUUGACGUCAACAUCUGCUCAAGUAGUCUCUGUAUCUGGACCUCCUGGUUUUGGCAAAACCUCAUUGGCUAUUGCAGUAGGACACCAAGUUAGACAGCUAGGACUACCAGUUUACUUCCUUUCUUUGAGAAGCGUCAAGACAGCAGAAGAGCUGAUCUAUGACCUUUUAAACACCUUUGCACAUGCGUCUGAUGUAAUGGGGCGAGAGCGUUCAAAAUUAUGCAAUUCCCUCCAAUAUUUGCAUCAUCUUCGAUAACGCUGAUGUCCUUUUUGAGAGUGGUGGUGAAACGAGCCAAGAUGUUUUAGACCUACUGGAAAAGAUAUUUUCUCUUUGCAAGAAUGUGUCCUUUCUACUGACCACAAGGACGAGUCUUCAAUCGGUGCUGGGAAGAAAAUUUGCUGGUCACACGUCUGUCGGUGUUGUAUCGCUGGACAGGAAAUCGUCACAAAUGCUUGUUCAAGAACUUGUCCCUCAUGCUGAUGAAAGGGAAUGCUGGAGAGUAGCUGAGGUUUGUGGAGACGUCCCGCUUGCCAUCAAGCUUUUGUGCGGUCAAAUCGUUGACGAAAACAAGAGUGCAUCUGAAUUCCUUGACCACUUUAGCAGUUCUUCAAAACCGAUAGUAGACUUGUUAGAUGAUCGAUAUGCGCCCAAUGAUCAACGUUUAAAGGUCUUGUUCGAGUCUUAUUUCAAAAGACUAUCUCGAGAAGAGCAAGAAGCGUUUGUUUGUCUUUCCGUUUUUGUCAGUGAAGUGUUUGGCGAGCAAGCUGCAGUAAAGGUCAUUGGAGGAGAUGAAGACACAGCAAAAAAAACUUUGUUGGGGCUCAAGACAAAAUAUUUGGUUGAAGCAAAUUCCUCCGAAGCAGUGCUAUUUUCUUUUCACCCUCUGAUCAACUCAUUUGGUUCCGAAAAAGCAGCUGUUGUCAUGAAAGAAAUUGCUUGCGAAGCACAAAAGCGAUUCCUGAGUUAUUACGUCAAGUUGUUUGAAGAUUUAAACAACCAAUUUCUUGCUGGAAAUUCCCUCCUCGCAUUCCACGAUUUCGAAUUAAACAAAGAAAAUAUAGUGCAUACUCUCUCGGAAGGUGUUCAAAACGAGGCUGUCUGUGACGCACUUUUCGAUGUUCUUUCCGAUGCGGAAAUGUUUUUGGGCACCGUUUUCUAUCUUGAACGUCGAUGGAUAUUUGAGAAAUUUUACAAUUUAGCAAUAGCCAAGGCAAAAGAGCAGCGUAAAUUUAGGGCUGUCCACCAACUAUUAAUUGCUAAAGCUGUUUAUGGAAUAACCUGGCAUGAUGGAACUAGUAGGACGAGGCCAUUACUAGAAGAGGCCGAAGAAAUAGAGAAGCAACAUCCUCUCCUUAUUUCAGAAGUUGUCAUGGGAAAACGAAUGUGUUACCUUGGUGUUCAUUUGCUAAUAUCUAAAGCGGCAGCGAAAUGAAGCGAAACUCUCGGAACGGGGAUAUCUCUGUUGAGUUCUGAAAAUACUGUACUUAAGGUUUUAUGCUCCCAGAUUCUUGCUUUGAUUACUCCCCAUCAGGAAAAGUCUUCCUAUUACCGGAACAUUGUUCUGACUGAAUGCCGUGACAGACCAUCCUUGUGUGCUUUCUUCAAAGGUAUACAAAAGGAUGUUUACGCUGACGAGAAAGAGGAUUCAAGUCAACCACUCAUUGAAGCUUUAACUCAACCACUCAUUGUGAUGCUUGCUUUUCUAAUUUACUUUAUUGCGGAUUGCUAUGACAUGAAGGAGGUAAUGUACAAACUUGGUUUGCCAAUUUCCAAGCUACAGAAAGAAAUCGAAGCUGAGGCACAAAACGACCGUCUAUACCUUCCACUACUCUUACUCGUUGAAAGCUCAGGAGUUAGAAUAAAGCAAGAGAGUCCAGCAGCUCUGCAACUUGCUCUUGAUAAUUAUAUAAAAGAAUAUGGUCGGUUAAACCCAGAUACAGCCGAAAGGUACUGGCACAUUGGAGAAAUUCUAUGCGCACAGAAGAAUUAUGACGCUGCGUUGACAUCUCUUAAGGAAGCACUAGACAUCAGAGAGAAGCUUCAUGGGCACAACUCAGAUACCGCCAAGAGCCAUUACAGCAUUGGAUUUGCUCAAUUUGAGAACGGAGAUUACGAGUCUGCACUGCAAUCGUUCAAGAAAGCUCUUGAUAUCACACAAAAUCUUCAUGGGAAAAUCCACCUAGACGUUUCCAAAACUUGUUUCAAGAUUGGAAAGACAAAGCAUUUCUUGAACGAGUACGAUUCAGCUGUGCAUUGGUACCAGCAAGCCCUGGAUAUCAGCGUGGCGCUCUAUGGAAAGGAACACCCAGCGUCCGCUGACAGCUACUACUACAUUGCAGAAUGCCAGUACGAAAUGCAAAAUAAUGAUUCUGCUCUGGAAUCAUGUAAGCAGGCACUUGAUAUCAGGUUGAAACUUUUUGGACAGGUCAGUGAAGAUACAAGCAGCAGUUAUGGUCAAAUGGAAAGGAUACGAAAUCAAUUGAAAGUUUGCGGAUCAUCUCUCGAGGUACAGUAA